AACGACACCCCAUCCGUGAGUCUUCUCUGUCUAUAUCUUUCUCUCUCUCUGUUUUCUUUGAACAAACUUCUCUCUUUCUCUCUCUCUCUCUAGAUGUAUAUCUGUGUGCUUAUAAGUAUCGUGUAAGUCUAUGUAUAAUUUGCAUUGCAAGAUAUCAAAAUUUUCUUGUCUUCAACGGCAUUGUUUUGCUUCUUGAUUGAUUGUUAUUUUUAUAUAAUUAUAUUGGGCUUGACAUGGACAUUUCAUUGUACUUGAAUAACGUAAGUCCAGUUUUUUAUUUUUUUCUCAUUUGAAGUUGAAUUUGGAGCAAAAGCUUUGAUUCUGAUCUGGGUUUAUUUUCUCCUAGCUUUGUUUUACUCUCUUUGUCCCUUUGUCUACUAUGUCUCUUUUGUUCACUCACUACGAAAAUUACCAGUGUGACUAUAUAUUUUUCACUGUGAUUUACUGAUUUUAAUCCGGGUUAAUUUGGUGUUUCUGGGUUUUUCACUCUCUGUCUAUCUACUUCCUGUCUUUAUUGUUCACUCACUAUCAAAAUAUCUCUCUGUUAGGAUGACUUCGGCUUCACAAGAAACCAUCCUUGCCUUUCACGAGAAACUUUGGUUUUGAGCCUCAAUUGUCUCUUUCAUGGUUAGAUCAUAUAUCCUAUAAGGGUCUUGACACUCUUCUACUUCAAAAUAUCUAGCUUUAUCUUACAUACUAGUUGAUUGAAUUUGUUUGCAAAAUAUGUCCUUCACUGAAUUUUGAUCUUGUUGAAUUCACUCGAAUUUUGGGCUUUUCUUGCUCGGGGAAUUCGAUAGAAAUGAAGUAUUAUACGUUCUUCAGUUGGGUACUACUAAUUGUUCUGUCUCAGUUAUGUGGGUGUGCUUUGAGUAAAGAGUGUACUAACAUUCCAACACAAUUAUCAUCACAUACUCUUCGAUAUGAAUUGUUGUCAUCAAACAAUGAAACUUGGAAAGAAGAGAUGUUUGGCCAUUACCAUUUGAUACCCACAGAUGACUCUGCGUGGGCUAAUUUGCUUCCAAGGAAGAUUUUGAAGGAAGACGAUGAAUUUAGUUGGAUGAUGAUGUAUAAGAAACUGAAGAACUCAGGUGGGGUUGAAGGGCCUGGGGGUUUUCUUAAUGAAGUGUCACUGCAUGAUGUGAGAUUAGACCCAGAUUCAAUUCAUGGACAGGCUCAGCAAACAAAUUUGGAAUAUUUGUUGCUGUUGGAUGUUGAUAGCUUGGUUUGGAGCUUUAGGAAAACUGCUGAUUUGCCAACUCCAGGCAACCCAUAUGGGGGCUGGGAGGCCCCGAAUUGCGAGCUUCGUGGUCAUUUUGUAGGGCAUUACAUGAGUGCAUCAGCACAAAUGUGGGCUAGCACUCACAAUGAUACUCUCAAAGAGAAAAUGUCUGCAGUGGUUUCUGCUCUCUCUGCUUGUCAGGAUCAAAUGGGUACAGGGUAUCUUUCUGCUUUCCCAUCUGAGCUAUUUGAUCGUUUUGAAGCUAUAAAACCCGUAUGGGCACCGUAUUACACAGUUCAUAAGGUAUUGGCAGGUCUUUUGGAUCAGCAUAUAUUUGCCAGUAAUGCUCAAGCUCUAAAAAUGGUGAUAUGGAUGGUUGACUACUUCUACAACCGUGUACAAAAUGUCAUAUCAAAGUAUACAAUCGAACGACACUGGUUAUCAUUAAAUGAAGAAACUGGUGGCAUGAAUGAUGUUCUCUAUAGGUUGUACAGCAUAACGGGAAAUCUGAAACAUUUAUUUUUGGCUCACCUUUUUGACAAACCCUGCUUUCUAGGUUUGCUUGCAAUAAAGGCGGAUGAUAUAUCUGGUUUUCAUGCCAACACACAUAUUCCCGUUGUUGUCGGAUCUCAAAGGCGGUAUGAAGUUACUGGUGAUCCAAUUUAUAAGGAAAUAGGGACGUUCUUCAUGGAUAUUGUCAACUCUUCUCACAUCUACGCAACAGGAGGGACAUCAGUUAGUGAGUUCUGGUCAGACCCAAAGCGAUUAGCAACCACUCUGCAAACGGAGAAUGAAGAAUCCUGUACAACCUACAAUAUGCUAAAGGUCUCUCGCCACCUGUUUAGAUGGACAAAAGAAAUGGCAUAUGCGGAUUAUUAUGAACGAGCUCUAACAAAUGGUGUCUUGGGCAUUCAAAGGGGAAGGGAACCCGGAGUGAUGAUCUACAUGCAUCCACAUGGCCCUGGACGCUCCAAGGCUGUAAGCUACCAUGGAUGGGGAACAAAGUUCAAUUCUUUUUGGUGCUGCUAUGGGACAGGAAUUGAAUCAUUCUCAAAGUUGGGAGAUUCUAUAUACUUUGAAGAGGAGGGAAAUGUUCCAGGUCUUUAUAUCAUCCAGUACAUAACAAGCUCUCUUGAGUGGGAAUCUGGACAGAUUUCACUAAGUCAGAAAGUAGAGCCUGUCCUUUCAUGGAAUAAUCGCCUUCACGUGACUCUGGCAGUUUCCUCAAAAGAGCAAGGGGCAGUCAAAUCUUCUACCUUGAACUUGAGAAUACCACUUUGGACAUACACAAAUGGUGCAACAAAGGCCUCAUUAAACGGUGAAGAUUUGUCUUUACCACCUCCAGGUAAUUUCCUAUCGAUAACUAGAGAUUGGAGCCCUGGUGACAAAAUCACUCUUGUGCUGCCCAUAAGUCUUAGAACAGAGGCCAUUAAAGAUGAACGGCCAGAGUUUUCUUCUCUUCAGGCAAUUCUUUAUGGUCCCUACCUUCUUGCUGGACUGAGUAAUGGAGAUUGGGACAUUAAAACAGAAUCAGCUACUCAUGUCUCAGACUGGAUUACUCCAAUUCCAGCUAACUACAAUUCCCAUCUGAUUACUCUUUCCCAGGAAUCUGCGAACUCGGAAUUUUCCCUCACAAACUCUAACGGAUUGAUAAGAAUGGAAAAGUUUCCUGAACCCGGCACCAAUACUUCUGUCCAUGCCACUUUUAGACUCAUCUUAAAAGAAUUGAGUUCCUCACAAUUUUCAGCACCAAAAGAUGCUAUUGGAAAAUCUGUCAUGCUAGAACCAUUUGAUCUUCCGGGCAUGUUUGUCGUGCACAAAGGAACUUAUGAAAACCUUGAAGUUGCAGAUUCCUCUGGUGACGGUAGUUCUGUUUUCCUUUUGGUUGCUGGAUUGGAUGGGCAGGAUGAAACUGUUUCCCUAGAGUCUGAAAGCAAGAAGGGUUGUUUUGUGUAUAGCGGUGUGGACUAUAAAUCGAGUACAAACAUCAAGCUCAGAUGCAAAUCCGGGUCAUCUGAUACGGAAUUUAAACAGGGAACAAGCUUUACAUUGAAGGAUGGAAUUAGUCAGUAUCAUCCUAUUAGCUUUGUGGCAAAAGGAGCGCGGAGAAACUUUCUUCUGGCUCCAUUACUUAGCUUGAGAGAUGAAUCUUACACAAUUUAUUUCAACAUCACAUCCUAAAUUGUUCGGGUGGAAGGUAAAGAGGCUAGAGUGGAACGAUUGACAAAAGGAAAACAGUAAUAAAUUUACUUUUCUUCUGUUUCCUGGGUUGAUUUUAUGCCAUGAAUGAAGUUUUAUUUCAGUCCUACGAGAGUAUAAGAUUUGAAGAAAGGAAAUAUUGAUCCUGAGUGUAUUAAGUUUUUCCACAUAAGAUACGUAAACAUGAUUAAUCAUUCGUUGCAUUCUCAGAUAUCAUGAUGUUAAUCAAUGAACACUUUUAAGGAGUGUCACGUUUAAUAAUAAGUCUAAAUCAUCCUAUACAUGUAAGAUGAUAACUAUCCGUGUAAAGAAUGUGGAUUUGACGGUGACAGUAUGUAACGAUAACGAUGUUCUUUUGUUUAGAUUCUUUCUUGUGACGUAUCGUUAUUUAUGAUUUCAUAACUUAAGGUGUAAACAUGGAGAAGAGUAAUUUCCUUUCACGAG